AUGGAGGAUGUUGUUGGCCAUUUUGGAUCUUUGUUUGACUUGGAAAAUGAUCUUCCUGAUGAGCUGAUCCCCAACGGUGAGCUGGGCCUUUUGAACAGCAGUGGGAACCUUGUUCCAGAUGCAGCUUCCAAACACAAACAACUUUCUGAACUUCUAAGGGGAGGCAGCGGCUCUUCCUUAAACCCAGGAAUUGGAAAUGUGAACUCAAACAGCCCUGUCCAGCAGGGAGUUGGUAGUCAAGUUCAAGGGCAGCCGAACAGCGCUAAUAUCGGUAAUCUGGCUGCUAUGGGUAAGAGCCCUUUAAACCAGGGAGACUCUUCUGCUUCGGGCCUGGCAAAGCAAGCAGCCAGCACCUCUGGACCUACCACACCUGCAUCACAAACUCUGAACUCUCAAGCACAAAAACAAGUGGGGAUGGUGACGAGCAGCCCUGCAACAUCACAGACUGGACCUGGGAUAUGUAUGAAUACUAAUUUCAGUCAGACACACCAGAGCCUUCUCAACAGUAGUAAUUCUGGUCACAGUUUAAUGAAUCAGCCUCAGCAAGGACAAGGGCAGGUAAUGAAUGGAUCUCUUGGGGCAGCUGGAAGAGGAAGGGAAUCAGGAAUGCAAUAUUCUGCCCCUGCCAUGCAGGGGAAUGCAGGCAGUGUGCUGGCAGAGACUUUAACCCAAGUAUCUCCACAGAUGACUGGUCACACCGGACUGAACACAGCACAGACAGGAGCAAUGACUAAAAUGGGAAUGACAGGUAACACUAGUCCCUUCGGGCAGCCUUUCAGUCAAACUGGAGGGCAGCAGAUGGGAGCUACAGGAGUGAACCCUCAGUUACCAAACAAGCCAGGCAUGGCGAAUAGUUUGUCUGCCUUUCCUGCCGACAUCAAGAGUACUCCCGUCACCAGUGUGCCAAAUAUGUCCCAGAUGCAAACCCAAGUACAACAAGUGGGGAUCGUACCGACGCAGGCAAUGGCAACUGGACCAACAGCAGAUCCGGAGAAGCGCAAACUGAUCCAGCAGCAGUUGGUUUUGCUGCUUCACGCUCACAAAUGUCAGAGGCGUGAGCAGGCGAACGGAGAGGUGCGGGCAUGUGCUCUCCCGCACUGUCGAACCAUGAAAAACGUCCUCAACCACAUGACACACUGUCAAGCGGGGAAGGCCUGUCAAGUUGCUCAUUGUGCAUCUUCGAGACAAAUCAUCUCCCACUGGAAGAAUUGUACUCGGCACGACUGUCCUGUGUGCCUUCCUUUGAAAAAUGCCAGUGACAAAAGAAAUCAACAACUCCCGUUGUAUCUGUCUGGUGGAAUCCAAAAUUCCAUUGGUUCUGUUGGCACAGGCCAGCAGAAUACUCCAUCGCUAAGUAAUCCUAAUCCGAUCGACCCCAGCUCCAUGCAACGAGCCUACGCUGCUCUGGGACUGCCAUAUGGCAACCAGCCCCAGACACAGUUGCAGCCGCAGGUACAAGGCCAGCAGCCGUCACAGCCACAGGCUCACCAGCAAAUGAGGACCAUUAACGCAUUGGGAGCCAACCAGAUGAACCUUCCCGCAGGAGGAAUAACAACAGACCAGCAAGCUAGUCUAAUUUCUGAAACUGCUCUUCCAACAUCCCUUGGGACAAAUAA